CCAGCCCUCCCCGGACCCUCUACUGCGCAUGGCACGUUGCGUACCUCCCGCCCAGCAACCGGCCUGGCGGCGGCGCGGCCAUAAAAUUGAGGAGGCGGAGCCGAGACGGGAUCGAGACUGCUAACUCCAAGACCAGGUUUGAGUUUUUGAAAUUGAAGUAGGUCAACACAUUUAGGAACUCAUGUCUUUUCUUGUAAGUAAACCAGAGCGAAUUAGGCGGUGGGUCUCGGAAAAGUUCAUUGUUGAAGGCUUAAGAGAUUUGGAACUAUUUGGAGGCAAAGGGUUCGAGGAUCUGAUGACAGUGAAUCUAGCAAGGUACAAACCAACAGGGGAGUAUGUGACCGUUCGAAGGAUUAACCUAGAAGCCUGUUCCAACGAGAUGGUGACGUUCUUGCAGGGGGAGCUUCAUGUCUCUAAACUCUUCAAUCAUCCCAACAUCGUGCCAUAUCGAGCCACCUUUAUUGCAGACAACGAGCUGUGGGUUGUCACAGCAUUCAUGGCAUAUGGUUCUGCAAAGGAUCUCAUCUGCACACACUUCAUGGAUGGCAUGAACGAACUGGCGAUUGCCUACAUCCUGCAGGGGGUGCUGAAGGCUCUAGACUACAUCCACCAUAUGGGAUAUGUACACAGGAGCGUCAAAGCCAGCCACAUUCUGAUCUCCGCGGACGGGAAGGUCUACCUGUCUGGUUUGCGCAGCAACCUCAGCAUGAUCAGCCAUGGGCAGCGGCAGCGUGUGGUCCAUGAUUUCCCCAAGUACAGUAUCAAAGUCCUGCCGUGGCUCAGCCCAGAAGUCCUCCAGCAGAAUCUUCAGGGUUAUGAUGCCAAAUCUGACAUCUACAGUGUGGGAAUCACAGCCUGUGAACUGGCCAAUGGCCACGUGCCCUUUAAGGAUAUGCCAGCCACCCAGAUGCUGCUGGAGAAGCUGAACGGCACAGUGCCCUGCCUACUGGACACCAGCACCAUCCCCGCCGAGGAGCUGACCAUGAGCCCCUCGCGCUCAGCAGCCAACCCUGGCCAGAGUGAGGGCCUGGCCCCCAGCACCCCCCGGCCCUCCAAUGGCGACUCGCCCUCCCACCCCUACCACCGGGCCAUCUCCCCCCACUUCCACCACUUUGUGGAACAGUGUCUUCAGCGCCACCCAGAUGCAAGGCCGAGUGCCAGCACCCUCCUGAACCACUCCUUCUUUAAGCAGAUCAAGCGACGUGCCUCAGAGGCCCUGCCAGAAUUGCUUCGCCCAGUCAUCCCCAUCCCCAGUUUUGAGGACAGCCAGCCUCAGGACCACAGUGGAAUCUUUGGCCUGGUCUCAGACCUGGAAGAGCUGGAGGUGGAUGACUGGGAGUUCUGAGCCUCUGCAGACUGUGUGCAUUGUGGGCUGCGUGGGCUUGCAGGGCCCCUUCCUGAGGGGUGGCCAGGUCCCACCCUCCGGGUGCAGAUCCGGGUGGGAAGGUAUUCUGCAGGGAAGCUGCCACUUACUGAUGGGGAAGGAGAUUCUUGGAGACUUUUUUACUGUUGUGAGGCUUGAGACACCAGGGAAUUCCAACCAUCAGGGACCUGGAGGGAUCAGAAAGGUGACAUUCCCAGGUGACCUCUUCAGGAGAUGCUUCUGAGGCCCUGGGGGCUAAGUCCAAGCCCAGGGUUUUCUGUCUGCCAGGAGCACAUCAGUCCUCUCCCCACACUCCUGCAGCUCAAUUCCAUUCUCCCCUGUGCUCUCCUAUCCUAUAGGGCCAGGAAGGGGCAAGUGAGGAGCAGCCUGCCUUCCUCCCCUCACCCCUCUCCCUAGGGUCCAAGGGAAGGUCCUUUCUGGUUGUUAACAGGUUAAGGCUGGGGCGGUCCAUCCUUACUCUUAUUGCUCGGGCCCUGGCACCGAAGACCUUCCUGUAGUUAUCUAUCUGCUCACUCCUUUCCCACCCAGACUCCAUGUUAUGCCUCCCCAGCUGCCUUGGCGCUUUCUCCAAGGGCCGUAAAGUCUUGCCUAGCCGGAGGGCUUGAGCACUUAUGCUGUGUUAGUUUCACUGUCAGAACAAAUUAAACAUUUCAGAGCAUCUGUC